UCUGUCGAAUCAGUUUUGGCCAAUGGUACAGUGUGAAAUGGGCUCACUUUACUGUUGCUGUUUUUAUCACGUUGCUCUAUUGCUGGGUGUAGAAUUAUUGCUUUAUUACACCGACUGAGGAUCACUUUUCUCUUCCAUUCAAGUAUGCAGACUGUGUGGGUGAAUAGUGUUAUAUACUGGUGUCGGUUGUAAUUCUGGCACAAUGCCGCCGCUGACUGGAGGAAGCGGUGUGUUUGAGGCGGUUCAAAGGGGAGAUGGAGAACAAGUGGCGCUGCUGAUUCUACAGGACCGGACCAUCCUGAAACAGAGAGGUUGGGGUGGAUUUACUGCCCUCCAUUUUGCAGCUCUUCAUGGGAAUCGGCCAAUAGCUGAACUCCUCCUGAAUAGUGGUGCCGACCCCAACAUACCCUGUGAUGCCGGACAAACCCCCUUUCACUUUGCUUGCCGACAUGGUAACAUCAGCAUCAUACACAAAAUGUUGCAGCAUGGCGCAGACCUGCGCAUUGUAGAUCAGCAGGGGAAAACGUCACUGCAUCACGCAGUCAGUGGAGGAAGCAUUGUUGCCAUGCAGUACCUCUGGGAGACGACCAUGUUCCGAUUCUCAGAUACUGAUAACUUCUUGAUCACUCCACUACACAUGGCGGCGUCCACCGGGAAUACAGAUGCGGUCCGGUAUCUGCUACGGGAAAAUAGAUGUUUAGCAGAUGCAGCUGACCACCAGGGGGCAACAGCGCUGCAUGUGGCUGCUGAGAAAGGCUCAAUUGAAGUGUGCUGGCUACUACUGCGCAGCGCUGGACUCCACAUUUUACACAUGAAAAACCACGCUGGCCUCACGCCUUUAGACCUCUGCAGAUGCGGAACGACUUUUAGACACCAGCAGCUCACCAAAAUGUUAGUGCACUUCAUCAGUAAACCAAAGGAUCAGAAGCCCAGAGAAUCAUAUGUGAUUUACUACUGGACGCUUCUUUUGCCGAGUAUCAGUGGGGCAGUGGUGCUGCUCAUAGCUGCGGCCCUGGGAGAAAACGGAGGCGUACUCUGUGGGCUGCUCUUUCCCUUGCUGGCAAAAGUCACCUUGUCUCAGUACCACAGAAUGAGUGACUAUCAGAGGUUGCCAAAUCCCAUCUAUCUUGGAACUUUGACUGCAGGCAUAAUUCAUACCUUAAUCUGCUUUUACUACAGAAUUCUGCCUAAUAUUUGGCCAGCUUUUGCUCUCUUACAUGUUUCAGUACUCCAUUUCUCUGUGGUUCUCUGGCUUUUUUGGAAGCUUCUAACCCAGGAUCCAGGCCGACUGCAGGCAGCUGAUGCAGAUCCUAGAUUCUCGAGCAUAGCAGACUUGGUGGAGUCUAAUGAGAAUCCCAAUCGGUUCUGUAUUUACUGUGAGCUGUUCCAAGUGGCCAACUGCAAGCACUGUCGUCUGUGUGACUUUUGCGUCAUGGAUUACGAUCACCACUGCCUCUUCCUAAACCGCUGUGUGGGCCAGAAAAACCACCGUGUCUUCUUACUCUUCAUCCUGGCCCUGAUAGUGGCUCAGCUCUUCUUCGUCAGCACUGCUGGAUAUUACCUUCACUGGAGGUCGGAGGUGGAGGCGAGCUGGAGCUGGAGCUCAGCAGCAAUGAGAGAAGCGUGGGUGCUCCUGCUUCUCAUCAUCAAUGCACUCGCCAUGCUGUGGGAGACCUGGCUACUCUCUGAGCAGUUUAAUGCCAUCUCCACUGGAACCACCAUGUACUUCAGACAAUGUCCCCAUAAGAAGUCUUCUUGGAGCAAGCGUGUGGCCACAGUUCUUUUAUUUCUGGUUGAAGGGAAGGAUUUUAGGGGUCAGAAUCAAAAUACUGUUGACAUUUAGUUGUAAAACAGUUUCUACAUAGACAGCUGAAUUACAGUAAUAUGUAUUAAUUCAAUAAGACUGCUGUUACAUGGAGUUGAUUUUAAUUGGUGCAGUGUAGUUUUUAACUGGACAAGCAUCACAGUGUGCGUCUUACAGAGGAGGUAUUUCAUCUGUUCACUGUUCGGUACACCACUGUUUUCAUCUUGACAGAAGAAUUAGUUUUAACUUUUUCACUGAACCAUUUACUUUAUUCAUACUGUUCAUACACAGAUCAUACACUUUUUAAUAUUUUAAUACAAUAUAUGAUAAUUGUGUUACAUGGCCACUUUGAAGUCUCUGAAUGUUUGCUUUAAGGAUAAAAUUAACAAGAUGGAAUUAGGUAUACUGAGCUUAUACCUACAGUCAAUUCCACCUGUACACCUGCUCAUUUAUGCAGUUAUCCAAUCAUCCAAUAAUGUGGCAGCAGUGCAGUGCAUAAAAUCAUGCAGCUUCAGGUCAAGAGCUUCAGUUAAUGCUCACAUCAAGCAUCAGAAUUGGGAAAUCAUGUGAUUUCUGUGACUUUUACCGUACUUGUACUUUCAACAUGAUUGUUGGAGCUAGAUGGGCUGGUUUGAGUAUUUCAGAAACUGCUGAUCUCUUAGGAUUUUCACACACAACAGUCUCUAGAGUUUAAACAGAAUGGUGCGGAAAACAAAAAACACUGAGCGAAUGACAGUUGUGUGUGUGGAAACACACUUGUUGAUAAGAGAGGUCAGAGGAAAAUGGCCAGAUUGGUUCAAGCUGCCAGGAGGGAUAUAGUAACUCAAAUAAUCACUCUUUACAACCGUGGUGAGCAGUAAAGCAUCUCAGCAUGUGCAACACAUUGGGCCUUGAGGUGGAUGGGCUACAACAGACUCUUGUCAGCCAAGAACAGGAAUCUGAGGCUAUCAUGGGCGCAGACUCACCCAAACUGAACAGUUGAAGAUUAGGGAGGAAAAAAAAUCAACUGGGCUUUUUCCAGCCUUCAUCUAUCCAGUUUCAGUAAGUCUGUGUCCAUGAUAGCCUCAGAUUCUUGUUCCUGGCUGACAGGAGUGGAACCUGAUGUGGUCUUCUGCUGUUGUAGCCCAUCCACCAGCUUCAUUGGUGCUAAGGAAGCCCUCAAACUGAAAAUUACUGAUGGUCAAAUCCCACCAUCAGAUCUCAAACUUAUAAUAAGCUUCUACGUCUCAAAAAAUGUUGCAAAUGGAAUGGGAUCAGUGUGCUCAUAACAAACUACAAGAAAUUAACCCUUUUAUAAAUGAAAGAUAGUUCCUUCAUUUCCCCUUUGCGUCCAGACACAGUCAGGCCGUAUAUACACAAGAUGUUGUAUUGGGCAUUCAAGACUUACACCUGCUUUCCUACCGAAUGGUGAAGAACCACCAACGUGUGAUUCUUGUAAGAUAAAGCAUAUUUUAAGCAUAUUUUACUGGACUCUCCUGUUCUUAACAAUACUAGACAAUGCUUCUAUUCAGAAAAUACUUAUCUGGAAGUCCUCCAAAAUGUCUCACCAGGAAAAAUUCUACAAUUUUUAUCAAAUAUUAAAGUGAAGGACUUUAUAUAGCUUUUUUUAAAUUGAUGUUCAUGAAAUGUUGUAAGAUUUUAUUGAGUGUCCUACUUUACCUACCUUGAUCUUUCCAUGAAAAUGGCGUUUGACAAUGACAUGGCAUUAAAAGAACAAUAAGUAGCCCAUCCACCCCAAGGUUUGAUGUGUUAUGUGUUCUGAGAUGCUUUUUUGCUCAUCACAGUUAUAGAGUGCUUAUUUGAGUUCAAUAGACUUCCUGUCAGCUCAAGUCAGUCUGGUCAUUCUCCUCAGAUCUCUCUCAUCAACAAGGUGUUUCAGUCUGCAGACCCUCCGCACACAGGAUGUUUUUUUUGUUUUUCGCACCAUUCUGAGUAAACUCUAGAGACUGUUGUGUGUGAAAAUCCCAGGAGAUCAGAAGUUAUAAAAAUACUCAAACCAGCCCUCUGGCACCGAAAACCAUGCCAUGGUAAAACUCACUGAAAUCACAUUUUUUCCACAUUCUGAUGUUUGAUGUGAGCAUUAACUGAAGCUCUUGACCUGUAUCUGCAUGAUUGUAUGCAUUGUGCUACUGCCACAUGAUUGAAUACACGGUGAGUGUGUAUACACUCAGUGACCACUUUAAUAAGAACACCUGUACACCUGCUUAAUUGUGCAAUUAUUCAUGUGGCUGCAGUGCAAUGCAUAAAAUCAAGCAUAUACAGGUCAGGUUGAUGUUCACAUCAAACAUCAGUAUGGAGAAAAAUGUGAUCUCUGUGUCGUGGAUCACCUGGGAUUUUCAUGCACAACAGUCUCUAGGGUUUACACAGAAUAGUGUGAAAAACAAUAAACAUCCAGUGAGUGGCAGCUCUGUUGGUGGAAACUCCAUGUUGAUGAUAUAUCAAAGAAGAAUGACCAGACUGGAUCAAUUUGACAGGAAGGCUACAGUGCCUCAAAUAACCACUCUUUACAACCAUGGUAAGCAGAAAAGCGUAUCAGAAUGCACAACACAUGAAAACUUCAGGCAGAUGGGCUACGACAGCAGAAGAUCACAUUAGUUUCCAUUCUAAGAACAGGUAUGUGUCCACUGUUGCCUCACAUUCCUUUUCUUCGUUGACAUGUCUUCCUGUAUACAAACACACAUGAACUAAUAUUUCACAAAUUCAUGUCAUAUUGGUGAGCCUGAAAUCCUGAAGCCUGGCCUCUGCAUAUCUGAAUCACAAACCCAUUAUUAAACAUAACCCAUAUAACAAGAUAAUAAGGUUGAUCUCUCUAUCCUUAAAUCUAAUAAAUGGUUAUAGCAGAAUGAUGAGUACCAAUGUUAGCAUUAAUCUGAACAAAGGCAGCAUAUUUGAUUUAACUGUCAAAUCUAAUAAGCCUUUUUAAUUGUUAAGAACAUGUUUUGUUUGCUGUAUGCAGCAGUGGACAGACUUCUUUGUGUUAGACACUAGUGUGAUCUGAUAGAGCACUAGCAAUGCUUUUAAGCUGAGAUUUCAUCAUCAAUCAUCUCCAUAGUCUGUGUUUGCUCUGAUCCUAAUUUAUCAUUGAUUUUCUUGUGGUAAUGCCAGUCAGUAAAGGAACAUGAAUCUGCAGGGUUGAGAAAGAUGGCCAUGGAUAAUUACAUUUCAUUACUGCUCUGACACAGGCCUAGUCACUGUUGCAUCCACCCUCAUCCCUCCCUCUUUGUCUUGUCAGUGCAGAUUUCAGAGGAAAUGCAAUUUAGCUGCUAAUCUCCAAGCAUGUGCAUCAAGGGCUUCAGAGCAGUGGAUUUCAAUUUGUGGCCUGAGAUAGUAGUGCAGAGAAGCCUACAAUGUAAUCAGCUUUAAAAUAAACAGUAAUAAUCACUAAAAAUUUGAUUACUUGCCAACUUUAAAUAUUUAGGUGAAUAGUUAUUCGAGUCAGGAUAAUAUUAUGGUGCAGUGGGUAGCAUUGCUACCUCAAAGCUCCAGGGUGCCCAAUCCUGAGCCUGGGUUACUGUCUGCUUGGACUUUAGCAUGCUGUCUCCAUGUCCGUGUCAGUUUCCUCUGGGUUCUCAGGUUUCUUCCCACUUGCCAAGGACAUGCCAGUAGGUGGAGUGGCUAUGCUAAAUUGCCCCUAGGUAUGAAUGCGUGUGUGUGAAUGUACUGUAUGUGUGCAUGGUGGUUUGUGAUCGACUGGUAACCCAUCCAGGGUGUAUUCACACCUAGUGCUUAGCGUUCCUAGGAUAGACUCCAGAUCCACCCUGACCCUGACAAGAAUAAUCAGUGUGAGGUCUUUGUGAAGCCUUGUGCAGCCUCACUUCUUUGAUUUCCAAUGUCAUUAAGUAUUACUACAGUUAUAACUCAUAAUUGCACGUAUAUUAGUCAGCUAGGUUUCAACAUGUAAAUGUGCUGCAGAAGUUUUUGUGUUUGGUCAUGGCAGCCAACAACUGUAAAAAGGUUCAGAGUUUCUCCUUUAAGAAGUCCAUGCUUAAAAUUUGGAUAGACAUUAAGACCUCUGUACUAACAGCACUGCAUUCAUGGUAAUAAUGAGAUUUAAAAACAAAACAAUGUGGUUAAAGAGUUUGUUUGAGGAAGUGUUACCCAAUGACUCCAAGAAAGUGAUCUGUCUUUUAGUCUCUUUCACCGUGGUUAAUAAAUCAUGGUUCUGGACUCAUAACUCGUUUGAAACAUUGCAUUUUGUUCUGGUGUGGCACGUUCAACCACAUAGUCGUGAUUAGUAGAUUAAAAGAUAAUUGUCUAUAAUAUGUUCAUUUGCUGUAGUUCUACUUCUGUAGUUCUGCUUCUGUCUAAAUUGAUUAUAUUUGAGGGCAUACAUGACUGGAAUGCUGUCAUGCCAGUUUUGAUGUGGUUUGGUUGAGGUUUCAAAAAGACAUCAUGCGGAUUUUAUGUUUUCCUGCCCUGGCUGUGGAGAGAAAAAUUUAUUUUUGGAGAAUAGGCUUAGUUUUACUUAGCCUAAAACAUGUGGAUGAACUUUUUGGACCUUUCUUAGUUGUUACAUGUUGGUGCAGGAUGCAAGAGCUUACUCAGUCUGUGCUUAUUUGAGCUAUUAUAUUGGUUAAGCAGGUGUCAAAACAGGUUCACAAGAAUGGAGCAUGGUAACUCAUAAUGAUAAAAACAGACACACUAGGGUCUAAUCUAUUAAAACAAAGUGAAGCUUAGGAAAAUGUAGUUAAUGUAUUACAGACAAACAUGCCAAGACUUACACAGUAGGAAGACAAUACUUAUGAAAGCAAGAAGGAGAGGGAACCAGCCAUCAUUAAACACAUUACAUACCAGCUAAUAUCACUAUACCUUAACUAUACCUCUUUAAAUUGUAUGCUCAGUCCUUUUGGUUGAAGAUGGCUGUUUUGAAACUCAAAAUCUAAAGAGAUACAACAUUAGCUAGGAGUACUUCGUCGAAAGACACGCCCCCAAAGCAUAUGCAUGAGCACGAACUAGACUAUGCUUUAAUGCAAGAGGGCAAGCUGUAUGAAUUGACCGGCCACAUGACUGACAGGCAAGUACAGAUGUCUGUUUUUCCUGAUUAGAUGAAUAUUGGUUGUCCACAUCAUUUGGUUUUCUCUCAUGUUUACAUAGCCUGGGGCACCACAGAGAUCAGAUUUUUUUCCUUCUGAGCAGAUAUUUCAUUGACAGCUAUCACAAUGUGAGUAGCUAAAAGUAUGAAAAAGUGUUGAACACCUUGAACAACUAUAAACCAUUAAUAAUGAACCAAGAAAAAAAAAAAUUAUGGAUACAGUAGACUCGAGCAGUGUCAGAUGGCUAACUUUACUGAGAGCUAAUAGUCAAAAAUUUUGCUAGAUUACAGUUAGAUC